GCUUCUAGGAGAGGAAAAUGGCAGCACGGCGGCUGUGGUUUGACGUGGGCUGGCUGUUUGCGAUGGGGGCAGAGCUGGGGAGCGGAAGACGAGCUUACUGCACGUCCCAGGCCUUCACGGAGGUUCUACGGCUGCCAAGCAAGCAGCUGACGAAGCUCGUGUUCCCACUGCAAGAACUCGAGCGGCAUUUCGUCCCGGGCUCGAGGCCCGAUCUUCACCUGAAGAUCUUCAACCCAAGCCUGGAUGACAUCGCGAGGGCGGAGAGCGUCUUCACGGCUUCCUCGCGGAACCGCAUCGAGUACCUCAGCUCCGCCGUGCGUCUCGACCACGCCCCGGACCUCCGCCGCCCGGAGGUGUGUUUUAUAGGCAGAAGCAAUGUUGGAAAAUCCUCUCUAAUAAAGGCUUUAUUUUCACUUGCCCCAGAGGUUGAAGUUAGAGUCUCCAAAAAACCGGGCCACACAAAGAAAAUGAAUUUUUUCAAAGUUGGAAAAUAUUUUACAUUGGUGGACAUGCCAGGUUAUGGCUAUAGAGCACCUGAAGAUUUUGUUGACAUGGUAGAAACCUAUCUAAAAGAACGAAAGAAUUUGAUGAGAACAUUUUUGUUAGUGGAUAGUGUUGUUGGAAUUCAAAAAACAGACAACAUUGCCAUAGAAAUGUGUGAAGAAUUUGCAUUACCUUAUGUGAUGGUAUUGACAAAAAUUGACAAAUCUUCCAAGGGACAUCUUUUAAAACAAGUCCUUCAGAUCCAGAAAUUUGUUGACACUAAAACACAAGGAUGUUUUCCUCAGUUGUUUCCUGUAAGAUUCUAGCUAAAUCUUCCCUGUAGUAUCUUCAUGAUCUUUCUACCUCAGCCUAUUUCAACCCUAGACCACAGUAGAAGUGAAAACUUUUUACUUUUUAAAUCACCUAAACAACAGCCAUAAUAAAGAUACUACCAUCUCUUUCUCAAUUCUAAAGAAAAACAACUCAUCUUUAUGGUAGAAAGCUCAUUCAGGCUGUGAAGGAUAAGAAUUUUCCUUUUAAAGGACGAUGUGCAAAGAAGAAAUUCUUCGUAUAAGUUAGAAUUAAGCAUCAGUAGCUGAGAGGAUGGUUAUUUCCUGAGCAGCAAUUUUUGAGAUAUUAGAUGUGGUUUAGCAAUGAAACAUGAGUUUGUCUUUUCAGUGUACAGUUUGGGUACAGUAAGUAACCUAUAUACUAGCAGAAAUGCAGUGCCACUUCCCUGUGAUUUUCUGACUCUGACUUCUUUGACACUAUUAUAGUUUCUAUGAGAAAAUAAUGAAACCAAGUAACACUUAGUUGUAUAUAAAACUGUCCUCUAAACAGUCAUUCUACUUUCUACAAAUCCAGAUCACAAUUAAAUUGUUGGUAAUUAUGAACAUGCCAGUCUAAAUCCAUCUUCAUUCUUUCCUACAAAAUGUUUUUCCCCCUUGUCUUACAUUCAAGUAUUUAUCCUGUUCAUUUGUCUGUGUCCCAUAUAUACAGUGGAAACUCCUAGGGGCAGGAAUGAAAUCCUAAUUCUUCUUAGAGCCCUGAGCAUUGGCAUAGAAAUAUAUCUGUUUCUUUUAAACAUUUAAUAAGAAGGAAGUGAGACGUCCUCUAAAAAGGCAAAACAAACAUAAGAUGGGCAAAUUAUGGCCUAACAGAAGCAUUUAUUGAAAAAAAAUGUUUUAGUUGACUGUAAGCUGAGUUAAAUAGUAUAGUGGGACUGGGGAAAAACUGACAAUGUUCUCUUGAGCUACAUUAUUAGAAUUAUAGUGUUCAAAACAAGGGAAUGAUCAAACAGUAGUCUCACACUGCUAUAAGCUGUAUGCUACCAGAUCAGUUGAGCUAGAUUGUGGCUUGACAUUAAGAACAACUAGAGCUAUCUGAAAACAGAUGGUCUUGGGGGAGGUUAUGUCACUAGAUCAUUCAAAACACUUAAUUGAUCCACAAAGUAAGCAUCCCUGUUUCACAGAUACGAUUACAAGUCGGAGAAGUGAAGUGAGUUAUAGAGAGGUAUUUGCUGAAAUAGAAAGAGCGUGAAAAAAAAAAAAAAAGCAUGGACCUCAGGGUCAGACAGCCAUGGUUUUGCAUAGUUCCCCUACUUCUUGGCAGUAGCUUUUAAAAAAGCAACUUAUUUCAUUUUCUGAGUAAAAAAAUAUGACAGAAGGAUUAAAUAAAAUGCAUUGUGACUGAUAUACACACAUUAGCCACAUAAUAAAUGUUAGUUUCUUUCCUUCCCAAAGGUCAGUCAGUGAAUGGCAGGGUUAGGCCAACAACCCAAACUAUCAGAUUCUCAGUACUUUUUAGAGGCGUAGCCUUCUUUAGAUGUGCCAGCAUUUUCUGCUGCAUGACCUUGGAAUCACUGCCACUGUAUCACUAAGUGACUAAGGCACUGCAGAAGCCACACAGCACUCAAGGUCUUAAGAAUUGAGACACACGCAGGAGGCUGCUGGCUUUCAAGAACUUCAAUGUUCACCAUACCACAGUGACAACAUACAGGAAGUUAUCAGGUUGUACUCAGUAGUUCUCAAAACCCAAUUCAGAAAAUAGAGUUAUUUAUACUGCUUGCUUUUAUUUGCUUGACCAAGUCCCAGUACAUCCCUCCAAAAGAGGAUUUGGCCUACUCACAGAAUAAUUAUUAUAAAGUAAGUCAGGUUUUAUUUCCUUAUCUUCCUGUAUGAUCUUGGUAGGAGAAAGAUGGAAGUGUGGGUAGACAUGUAGUCCAACAGGGUUUGGCCUUUAAGCCUGCUGGCAAAAGUUAAGUGCUAACCUUCAUGUCUGAACUCUGCCCCAGCUGAGUAGAGAAAUAAAAUUGGUGAAAGACCC